GUCAACGUCGUCUACGUCUUCAUCUGUCAGGUUAUUUUACCUCACCUUGUCAAACUAGUGUAUUUUGUCGUAUGGUGGAGUGCUUUCCGUGCUUCUGGGACGUUGGCCCUCUUGUGCCGUGCUGCUGGCUGUCAGAACUGUUUGUGAAGUGACGGCUUGGCUUGGUGCUUUCUCAGGCUUGAUCAGGCUUGCUCCUGUCGGUGUACAUCGGGGAGGUGUUCCGAGGAUUUCGAAAUACAAUUAUCUGGAAUUGGAAGGAGGUGCCCAGGUGGAAGGGACGGCUGACGAGUCCACGGACUCGUGCGAGAGUCUUGUUAGUAAUUUUGGAUAGCGGCGAGUUUAUUUGCUCCCGUCCAUGGAGCGUUGGUCGUGGAUGUGACGUGGAUGCCCGUCCAUUCAAGAACAAAACGAAAUUCUCAAUUCAUUCCAUUAAAUUUUGAUUUUGAUACAAUAACAGAAAACAGCAGAUACUAAUCUUCACAAUGGCACUGUCGUACAACAACGUAACCGAAAUGUUCUCAUUAGUGAGCGACUUUGACAAUGCCUCGGGGUCAUUUCUGCUGCAGUCCUUCUCCAACAAGAGAGGAUUUGUCGUCGAGCUGCUAAAGAAUACUGAUGAUCGAUGUGAGAGCUGGCUGCUGUUGCCUGCUGAGAAUCUAUGGUCGCCAGAGGCCAGGGCCAUAUUCUGCUUUAUCGGCCUGGUCUGGAUGUUUAUGGGGGUGGCCAUUGUGGCGGACAUCUUCGUCGGCUCCAUCGAGGUGAUCACGUCGCAGAAGAAGCAGGUGACGACGUUUGACCCCGAGCGCCAGGAGAUGGUGGUGCGGGAGGUGCUGGUGUGGAACGAAACCGUGGCCAACCUGACGUUACUGGCGCUGGGCUCGUCGGCGCCGGAGAUCAUGCUCGCGACGCUGGAGCAGGUGUCGAAUCUCUCGCUGGACCAGAGUAAUGUGCAGGACGAUCUCGGCACGUUCACGAUCGUCGGCUCGGCGGCGUUCAACCUGCUGCUGAUCUCGGCCGUGUGCGUGGUGAGCGUGCCGUCGGACCGCGUGUCGCGUAUCGACGAGUACGGCGUGUUCAUCACCACCGCAGUGUGGUCGCUGUUCGCUUACUUCUGGCUCAUCAUCACGCUGGAGUGGAACUCCGAAGGCGAAGUGCACUCCUGGGAGGCCGUCCUGACUCUGCUCUUCUUUCCCAUGCUAGUGGCGCAUGCCUGGGCACAGAGCAAGGGCUGGUGGCGGAACAAGGCCAAGCGGCAGCGGGUGCGUAUCGUCGGAGUCAAUUUACCUCGCGAUGGUGACACUCGUGCUGUCGCUCUGGAUGACGUCGAGGAAACCCUGGGCAUGGAGGCUGACCCGGAUACUGAUUACUUACCCUUAGCACCAGAGCAUGACGAGACAAAGGCUGACUUUGUUCGACACGACGAUGAGGCCAAUCCGGCUGUAUCUAGUCCCAUGAUGCCGGAGCGGGAGACUGCAUUCGCUGACGAAGAGAUGGGUCUUGGUACGGCGGACGGUGAUCAGAUGAUGAGACGCAGAUCAUCCUUAUCACCGAGGCCAUCCAUUAGCAGACUGAAUGAGCCGGGAAACCAUCGUGCAAACUCCUUUCACGAAGCCAUGAGUCCCGACCACAUGGUUACUCUGCCCUCAUCCACUGUGAGCACACUGCCUCAGUUCGACACGGAGCCAAGGCGUGUGUCAGGCAGCCAGCAAUCACGGCCGUCCCCACUGGUCAGCAACGAUUUCAUUCCGGCGUCCGCUAGCGCCGCCACCUCUCCCACGACUAGCAACCGUAUCGUUGUAACACAGCCGUCCGUCGCUGAGCCGCCGAAAGAGGACGGCGCCGUGGACGUGAGGAUGUCGCCAUCACACGCCAGCCGCCGUGGCUCGCAUGCAUCACAGCAGCACACAGCCGAAGCGGCGGGCCCAAACCAGCAGCACGCCAAGCAGCCGAACCGCUGGUCACUGGCUUCGUUGACGGGCUCGCUGCGUCGCGCCCCGUCGCCGCAGAGGCAGCGUUCCCCGUCGCCCGCACCGCAACCCCCUCUCAGCCCUCAGCAGCAAAUGGCUGUCAAGAACACACUGAGCAAAAUGGGAGCAUGGAAGCUAGUUGGCCAGAAAACCAAGGGUCUGCGUACAAAGGACAGUGGUGGAAGUAUGUCAAGCACUCAAGGCACUUCAAGUAGUUUAGAAGGUGAUCAGCAAGUUGGGCCAAACAGAGCAAGAUUUCGGCAUGCCGCCAUGCGUGCUCUGGUCGGCACAGGCAACACGAGCUCUCCGGCCAAUAAACGAACCAAGACACAGAGUAUGGACAAAAUCGCACACACUGUACGCAGUGCUCAGCGCUGGCACAGCUUGAUACAGAGAAAGCACCCCGGCCGAAACAUCGGUGACAGCACAGCCCGGGUGUAUUUCCGUGAGCAGAGCUACACCGUCAUUAAGAGCAUGGGCAUUGUGUACUUGAUGCUGGAUAUCGCCAGGCCAGUCAAAGAGAAGCCAGGCAAUGCCAGAGCGUUGUCUACGAGCACAGCCCUGGCUCUACCUGAGGCUGGUAGCCUGGUGACUCAGGCUAGAUCCGACUCAGCCCUUCUCAAAGUCACAGCAAUCGAGGACGACUCUACGGAAGAGACACAGCCCAUAUCCGUGCAAUGGGAGACCAGAGAUGGCACUGCCAGAGGUGGAAAGGCCUACUUCAAAGAUGGUGGAACGCUGACCUUUAGCCCUGGCGAAAUGAUGAAACGCAUCAGCAUCAGCAUAGCAACGGAUGACACAUAUGAAACUGACGAGGAGUUCUACGUGGUGUUAAAAAGCGCCGAAGGUGUGAUGAUCGCCGAUCCAAGUAUUGCCAAAGUCAAGAUUGUCGAUGAUGACCAGCCGGGCGUGUUUACAUUCGAUAGUCCUCGGUACUUCACGCAUGACGGUGAACUGGAGAUGAAGUGUACAAUCGUAAGGGAGUUUGGUUCUGAUGGUGUGGUCGAUGUCAAGUAUCGGACGCUUGAUGGCAGUGGUCGUGGCGGUCGUGAUGCCGACGGUGACUAUGACUACAUGACGCAGUCCGGCACUGUGGUCUUCCAGUCUCGUGAAACAAGCAAGGAGAUCCUCAUUCCUGUCAACCCCAAAUCCACAGGCCAGCACAAGAACUUUGUCAUUUCGCUGAGAAGCGUGAGCAAGGGUGCGUCGCUUGGUGACCAAAGUGCCUCUAUCUGCAUCCUGGGUGAUGACGAUGAUCCGAUUGUCACGCGCGUUGCCAGAUUCAUCUCGCCCGAUGAAGAAGAGGAGAUCUCCUGGUCGUCACAGUUUGAAACGGCGUUGACGUUGCAGCGGGAAAUCGGUGAAGAUGGCGAACCCGAGCCGAUUCCAGUGCGCGUUCUCGUUCUCCACUUUUUCUCCAUUUUCUGGAAGUUCCUCUUUUCUCUCAUCCCGCCACGGCAUUAUUGGAACGGCUGGCCCUGUUUCUUUGUGUCUCUCUUGUUUAUUGGUAUCAUGACAGCUGUAAUUGAACAGCUUGCUACAAUGCUCGGCUGCGCUAUUAACCUGCGUGUCAGCGUUACUGGCAUCACACUCAUUGCUCUGGGAACUAGCUUACCGGAUACGUUUGCAAGUCGAGCUGCUGCUUUGCAAGACAAACAUGCCGACGCUGCUAUCGGCAAUAUAACAGGCAGUAACAGUGUGAACGUCUUCCUUGGCCUGGGUCUUCCCUGGGUUAUCUCAAGUAUCUAUCAUGAAGCUAAUGGAUCAAUAUACAAGGUAUCCAAUCAAAACCUGUCCUUCUCUGUGACAGUAUACGUGGCUUGUGCCAUUGGUGGGCUGAUGGUUUUGACAUUUCGAAGAAGAUUCUAUGGAGGAGAGCUUGGAGGGCCGAAGAGCGGCAAAUGGAUAUCCGCCCUCAUCCUUGUGUCUCUCUGGCUCCUCUAUCUGAUCUUGGCAGCACUGAAAGCAUACAAGAUGAUUGACGGGUUCUAGCCGAUUGAUGCCAGCUCACAUAUCAAGUUCUGCAUCUCUGAGAGCUAUCCGUGCAACUCAAAAGGUAGCUUUUGGCCACCAUGGCAAACCAUCUGCCACAUUGCUGAGAGCAGCGAUGGCAGUUGUGGUGUCUGUGCCAACAGACCGUGCGUGUGUGCACGCUAAUAUCUGCGUGCAUGCUAGCGCGAACAGGCGUCGUCGGCGGGGUGGUGUUCCGCGCCGUUGUGCCCGAGCACUGCUCCUUCUUGUGUGUUUAGAGGCAAAUCGCUGACCCUAGUUUAGUCCAGCACUGUGUCGGUGUGCUCAUUGUGCUCCCCGGUCGAGCACUGUGUUGUCCGCUUUUACAACCCCAUGUCGGCGUUGCAAUUGCGUCCGUCUUGUCCGUCGUCCGCCGUAGGUUCCAGAUCAUUGUCGCCAGCACCGCCGUAGGUUCGAAUUCAUCCCCGUGGCAGCAGUAUCGUACAUUUUACCCAAUUUCCAUGCCGAAGUAGUCAUCCAACCUACUCUUCAUCGUCACCCGUACCGUCCUGUUGAGCUCUAACUGCGUGCCGUCCAUACAGCCCUAUCCACGGCUUCAUCAAUGCUGGCUGUUGCUGACGUGAAUUUUUAUACUAUUUCUCUGCUCUUAUACCGCGCAUUGCAGGCGCCCUCUCCCCCGCAAUCAGUCAUAUGCAACGCUGUUCAUGUCGAUUUCCGUCACUGCUGUAGCUGCCAGCACUAUUCAUGUUGAUGACUGCAGGCGUAUUUAACAACACACCCGUUGCCGGUCUAAGCUCUCUCACGGUCUUAGCUCUUCCACGGUCUAAGCCACUAUGCAAAACUGCAGAAAAUUAUGCAUAACCACUACUACCACUGCAUUAGUUUGAUUAGGUGGCUCUCAGCAAGAGCAAUGAAUGAAGCAGGUCUAUACCGGAAAUCACACGCUCACACCCACCCCCAGCGAAAUCCGUCCAUAGUUUGGCUCCACCGGCACAGGUACUCUCGCUACAUUCUAUACGUUCAGCACUAGUUCCCGUACUGCCGUGCCAAACAUGGCCUGGCCAUUCCGCUGGCUCCGCUCGUCAUGCGAGCAUUCUGCUAUCGUAUACCGGUCACGGGUAACAUGCCAGCAUCAAAUCUUUAUACGUCUCUUUUUUUAAUAUUAUUAUUGUUAUUAUAAUUUCCUCUUCGCCUGUGGAAUAACUGCUAUUGAUCAUUUCGCCAGUGCUGCUCUCUGUACGUUCCUUUCUUGCCUUCCGUUUCUGUGCCACGGGUAUCUCGCUGGACCAUACGUGAGCUUCUUUGCUGCUUUUCUGUAGUUGUAUGUGUGAGUGUGAGAUGUGCUAUUUCUACUGUCUGUAGCUCUCUUCAGACGUUUGGCCAACAUUUUUUCUUCUUCUGUUUUCUAGCGUUUCUUGUGAAGCAGUUUGUGCGCUCGUUUAGGAAUUUUUCAAUGAUUUGCUAUCCUUUCCCACUUCCUGGUCGCCUGUACACAUUAAUUUUGUUGAUGUCCAUGCUGAUAUGCCGAGCUUUUGUAGGGCUUUAGUGGGUGGAUAGUGCGGGAUUUGCCGCGCCACCUCUUUCCUUCCCUUUCUCCUCUCUCCCUCCAUCCUGUCCGUUUUACUCAUUGUAUCUGUCUGGUCGUUUUCCUUUUGUUCACUUUCAACGGCGCUUUUCUGGAAUAUUCCACACGCCUGGUCCACAAACAUUUGGUUGUACAUGAUGUCCUAAUAAAUCCCCUUGUCCUGUG